AUGGAACUGUUAUCAAGAAACAACAAGGGUGGUCUCAAGCUAAUUCACGAAGGCUACUUGUAUACUAAGAGGUAUGCCAGGAAGAAUAUUCGAUGGGAGUGUUCCAGCAGAGCUGCAUUUACUUGUAAAGGCGGUGUGACUUCAGACCUGGAGAUAAAGACCAUCGUUAGUUUCACACAACAUAGCCAUGAUCCACAGGAUCAGUCUGUAGCAGUGGCAAAGCUGCGUUCAGCCAUGAAGGAGCGUGCUGGCACAUCACGUGGUACACUUACUCAGCUCCUAGUCGAUUCCAUCAGUGACACACCUGUAGAUGUACGCGCAGAACUCGGUAAACCUGAUCACAUCAAACGUGCACUGCGUCGAGAACGGGCUAAACAUAUGCCCAAGAACAUAUGCUGCACGACUUAUGGAUGA